AUGGGUUCAUUAAUUAAUGAGUUAUUCAAAUGGCCAUUAGUUACACGUCUUCGAGCGUCAGAUAAUGAUGAUGAACACGUUGAUAGACUUAAUCAUCGUUAUACAGUUGGCUUUAUACUUUGUGGCGUAUUCAUAACAUCAACCAAACCAUUUGUUUCAAAUCAAAUAUCGUGUUGGCUACCAGCCGAACUUAAACAUGCGAGCUAUACAAAAUAUGUAGAAAGAUAUUGUUGGAUUGCUAAUACAUAUUACAUACAUUCAAAUGUAACACCACCGCACUCCGAUGAAGAUAGAAGACAAGCUCAAAUAGGCUAUUAUCAAUGGGUGCCUAUUCUACUAUUAUUGAUGGCAUUAGGAUUCUAUGCUCCUCGAUUAUUUUGGCGUUCAUUCAAUGCUCAUUGUGGUAUUGAUAUUCAAAAUCUAGUUAAAAAAAGUCAAAUUUCAACAAAAAAUUCUACUGAAAUGGCUUCGGGCAUGCUCGAACAUUAUUGUCGAACAUUUACAUAUCAACGUUCAAAAUUUUCAAUUCAUAUUCAAGCAUACGUUCGUCGGAAUAAACAUCGUGGAAAUUAUUUAUUUUCUCUAUAUUUCUUAACACGUUUUAUGUAUUUAAUAAAUUCUAUUCUACAACUAUACCUACUCAAUGCUUUACUUGGUCAUCGCGGUAACGCCUGGUUUCUUGAUAUUGACAUAAUAAAAUCAAUAUUUCGCUAUGGAAAUCCUCUUCUUGAUUCACCGUAUUUUCCUCGUGUUACAUUAUGUGAUGUACCUAUACGUGAAAUAGCUGAAAUACAUCGGUAUACACUCCAAUGUGUUUUACCGGUGAAUAUUUUAAAUGAAAAAAUUUUUUUAGCAUUAUCAUUCUGGUUUAGUUAUGUUAUUCUUCAUAAUAUCAUAAGCUUUAUUGUUUUAAUUUUUCAACAACUUCAAAGUCAAAGAAUUAACUAUGUCAAACGUUUGACAACAUUGAUCGAAAAUAACAAACGAGAUUAUAUUGAAAAUUUUACUAUAAAUUAUUUAACCUAUGAUGGAAUUUUUCUACUACGUUUAAUCAGCCACAAUUCAAGUGAAUUGCAAGCAAUGGAAACUAUUAAAACUAUCUUUCAAAAUUUUAAAAUAACAGAAGAAAAUAAAGUAUUUUAA